ACCGCGUCACGCGCCAAAUCAUCUAAGCCAGAAAAAUGUGGAUUUUUCCUUCGCUGCUGGGAUUUUCAAUCCUAUUGGCAGCGCAAGCAUCUGCCCCGGUAAAACUUCCCACGCUUAUAGAAAGGGCAUCAAGCAACGAUGAAACCUAUCGGCUACGCCGGGUUUCCGAACCACUGUCCUACAAUUUGUAUCUGGACAUAAGUGAUGAAAAUUUCUAUUCCUACCGAGGAUCGGUCGACAUCGAGAUGCGCUAUCUAGAUACGACGAAUGCCUUCUACCUCAGCACUACUGGACUAGUAAUCGAUCGUAACAGUAUCAAGGUGACGAAACCGAACGGUGACGAUCUACCGUUGGCCAGUCUGGUUGCAAUGGAGAGACAGGAACUGAUAUAUUUGGGCUUUGCUGAGCGGCUGGAGCAGAAUGCAAUUUACAAGGUGUAUAUUGAAUUCUCCAACAGCAUUGGAACUGAUCUGAAGGGGCUAUACAGGAGUAGCUACACGGUUGGAAAUGAAACAAGAUACAUUGCAACCACGCAUUUCGAGUCAACCUACGCCCGAACGGUUUUCCCGUGCUACGAUGAGCCGUCGUACAAGGCAUACUUCAACAUCUCAAUCCGUCAUCGGUCGCAGUACCACGCUCUGUCCAACAUGCCCGUGAAGCAAAAAACCCAGGAUGGUGAAAAGUUCACAGUUACUCAAUUCGAAACAUCACCUUUCAUGUCGAGUUACCUGUUGGCAUUCAUUGUUUCCGAUUACACCACUUUGGCCAGCGAUCAGGACCGUGUUCGAGUUUAUGCCCCGGAAAAUCAAGUGCAACAUACGACCUACGCUGUAGACUUUGCGCAAAAAUCACUUAAGUACCUAGAAGAAUUAAUUGGACAUGACUUCCAGCUGCCAAAGGUUGAUCUCAUCGCAAUUCCUGAUUUCAACAUGGGUGCAAUGGAAAACUGGGGCCUGAUAACCUUCCGCGCCGUUUAUUUGAUCUACGAUGAGACGGCGACAACGGCACGUACCAAACAGAACAUCGCUGAUCUGAUUACCCAUGAAUUUGUACACUCAUGGUUUGGCAAUGAAGUGACACCGGAGUGGUGGACGUACCUCUGGUUGAGCGAGGGAUUCGCUAGAUAUUUUGAAUACUACGUGACGGCUCAGAUCGAGGAUGAGUGGCAUCUGUGGGAACAGUUUGUGGUUAACAAUGUACACUCGGCACUAUCUCAGGACGACAAGAGCGGUAAUCGUCCGAUGAGUUUCUAUGCUACGGAACCGAACGUGUUGAAUGGUUUGUUUGACUACGUAGUCUACGCGAAAAGUGCUUCGGUUAUUCGAAUGAUACAGAAUGUGAUCGGAUUUGAUGCGUUUAUGAUGGCCCUGAAUGAUUACAUUGCAAGCCGUAGCUAUCAAACUACGAAGCCUGAUUAUCUGUAUGAAAGCAUCGAAAAGUUUAUCCAAGCUCCGGUGCCAGAUAGUGUGAAGGCAGUAUUUGAUAAUUGGGCAGAUAACGCUGGUUACCCGGUGGUUAUGGUGACAAGAAAUGGCAAAUACGUGACGUGCGCUCAAAAGCGCUUCUGGAUGCCAGUGGAAGGUGAAACGGCGCCAAAGGAUAACAAAUUUUACGUGCCACUUAACUACGCUACUUCCGUGGAGGCUAAUUUUGAGGAUACGACAGCAGUCGAUUGGUUGACUCCAGAUAUUCCUGAGAUUACCAAGGAGCUACCGGAAGCUGUAGAUUGGAUCCUUGUGAACAAACAACAAACUGGAUAUUACCGAGUAAACUAUGACAAUGAUAACUGGGCUUCGUUGACUGCGGUAUUGAACUCAGUGAAGAAAGAUACCAUCCCUGUAAUCAACCGAGCUCAACUGGUCGAUGACGUUAGUAAUCUAGCGAAAGCUGGAGAGAUAAGUUAUGAAAUCGCUUUCUCACUGUUGCAAUACUUGGUAAGAGAAUCCGAGUACAUUCCGUGGAGCACAGCUUACAACGCAUUAAUCCACUUGAACAGAAUGUUCUCUAGUAACAAAAACUACUCCCGGUUUGAAGACUUUGUGCGGAAAAUAACCGGGAAUAUGUACGACAGUGUUCGCCUAUCAGGUAAGAACGAUCACAUCAGCAGACUUCACCGUGGUAAUACCAUCUACUUGGCGUGCUAUUUCGGAGUAAAAGCUUGCGUUGACGAUGCUCAGAAAAUGAUGCAUCAAAUGCUGGACGACGAAUCGUACAUGGUUCCCGAAGAAGUUCAGUCUGCUGCAUUCUGUGCCGUCAGCAAACACGAUGCGGCUCUAAGUGAAGAUUUAUUGAAGGUUCUGUUUGAUCGAUAUCUUCCACUGAAGAACAGCGAUAACGGGAUGAUCGGUCGAUUCAUCAACGGGAUGGGUUGUAGCAGAAAUGUAACCAUAAUCGGAUACUAUCUAGGGCUAACCAUUACUAACCUUCCUGGUUUUCAACUGACCGGUGUCGAAAGGAACCAAAUUUUCGUUGGAGUUUUGAGCGGUAGCUACGAAGGGCUUCGUGAAAGCUUGAAAUUGAUGUACCAAUACUACCCGGACAUAUCGUAUAUGUUCGGCUCGAUUGCAAACAUUUUCACUGAGUAUGGAAACAGGAUCAACAGCAAAGAGACAUUUGCAACGCUUCAAGACAUCGUAGCCAAGUAUGCUGCCACGUUUACGGAUUCGGUAAAAUCUGCAGCCCAAAGAGCUGUCGUACAAGCCGAUCGCAACAUAGCAUGGGCAGACGAAUACUCCGACUCGAUUGGUGAUUGGCUGGUAGCGAACGAUUACACACUAAGCACAACUACUAUCAAACCGAACGGAGGAGGGGCUUCUUCAAUUGCGGCCGGAUUCUUGUUAACAGUGGCUAUGUUGCUGCUUACUUUAAUUCGUUAAAAGUUACGAUAAAUAACACUUUUGAUCCAA